GAAUAUUCUGAUCUAGGUCAAUUUAUCCCCAUGCCGAUACUGCUUUCUAAUUUUGUGACAGAAAGAUUCUACCAUUUUUGUCAUUUACAUGCAAGAAUAAGUUUCUCUUUACGGGAUUUUAUCAGUCCUGAGUGCUAUAAACGCUUGAGCUUCGUACAAAAGAGAGAAUGGUGCGGGUGAUUUUCUUGCAUCCUGAUUUGGGCAUUGGAGGAGCCGAGCGCUUGGUCGUUGAUGCCGCUCUAGCCCUGCAGACCCGGCGACAUUCUGUGAAGAUCUACACUGCCCAUCACGACCCCUCUCAUUGUUUCAAGGAAACAAGUGAUGGCACUCUUGAGGUCGUGACAGCAGGAGACUGGCUUCCAAGAAAUAUUUUUGGAUCCUGCUACGCACUCUGCGCUUACAUCCGGAUGAUAUAUGUCGCCCUCUAUCUACUCCUGUUCAGCCGUGAGCCGUAUGAUGUCAUCAUCUGCGAUCAGAUUUCUGCCUGUAUUCCGUUCCUGAAGCUGGGUAGAUCCAAAGUGCUGUUUUAUUGUCACUUUCCGGAUCUGUUGCUGACGAAGCGGCAGAGUUUCCUCAAGAAAUUGUACCGAACUCCUAUAGACUGGCUGGAAGAGAAGACUACCGGCAUGGCUGAUUGCAUAGUGGUCAACAGUAACUUCACUGCGGAUACUUUUAAGCAGACCUUCACCAUCCUCAAGGAUGUCCAGCCCGAUGUCCUCUACCCAUCCCUGAACUUCAGCGCCUUCAACGCCAGCGUAGAGCCUGCUGGUGACCUCAUACCAGUAGGGGUCAAGACACUCUUCCUGUCGAUCAAUCGCUAUGAAAGAAAGAAGAACCUAGUACUGGCGAUAGAAGCUAUGGGUGAAUUGAAAUCCAGGCUGUCGGAGGAUGAAUGGCAGAACGUCCACCUCGUCAUGGCAGGAGGCUACGACGGACGUGUCACUGAAAACCUGGAGCACUACGAAGAGCUCGUCCAACGUGCUGACGAACUUAAGCUAACUGAUCAUGUGACCUUUAUCCGUUCCUUCAGCGAUGCUCAGAAGCUCACUCUCCUUGAUAGCUGCACUUGCCUGCUCUACACGCCGUCAAACGAACACUUUGGUAUCGUCCCUAUAGAAGCCAUGUACAUGUAUCGUCCGGUUAUAGCGGUGAAUAGCGGGGGUCCGCUGGAAACCAUCGCUCAUAAACAGACAGGGUUUCUUUGCGAACCGUCUGCAGCUAGUUUUGCGCCCGCACUGGAGCGUUUCGUGCGGGAGCCAGACCUAAAGAAUAGACUAGGAAAAGCAGGGAGAGAUAGAGUCAUCAACAAUUUCUCAUUUAGAGCCUUUGGCAAUAAGUUAGAGAAAUUGGUGAAAAGAGUUCAUAGGUUGUAGGUAGAUCGUAUAGCGUAUGACAACUACUAAAUUAUCUACUUUAAAUUAAAUGUGCUGUUUAAGCUACUAUUCAAAAUGGCAUUUAGUAAAUUAUUUGUUGCUUAAUUAGUGAGUGACUCUUGCAAGGAAACAUUUGUCAGAAGGCAAAAAGUAGAUACCAAUUUCAAUUCCAUGUCAAUUGAUGUCCAAGAAAUACACAUUCCAAAAAACUGAAGCCUUUUCGCAUUAUAUUUAAUGUAGCAAGAAAACACUAUGAAAUGAUCAAUGUUAAUGUGAUGUGAUGUAAUGGUUCUUAGAGUGGUAUAAUGUGGGUUAGAGGUAUCAAUUGUUCAGGGUUUUAUUCCACUUGGAGAUUUCUCGAAUUUCUUGGCACAAUAGGCCAGUGUCAUAAUGUAAAUUCUUUAUAUGCAUUUACAAUUAAUUUAAGUCUUUUUGGUUUCAUUUUAUUUCAUUGAAAGAUUUAUUCUUUCAAUGUAGCUGGUGCUUAAAAUAUCCUAAUUAUUUGAUAUAGAUAAAAUACACAUUAACAAAUCUAAGUGGUUAUAAAGGUUUAAUCGUAGACUGACAUAUUCUUUGAAAAAGUGAAGAUUAUAAAAAUUAUGAAAUCUUGCCUUGUUUCCUGUAUUUGUUUGACAGACGCCAUAAUGCAGUGUAGUCAAUGUUAUCUUUUAAUGUACAAAAGGAUCAUUAAUGCUCUCAAAUGUUAUUCUUAAGAAUUUGGAAAGAAGUGCAGUAUUAAACCUACCACAUCUAUCUCCAUCAAAUUUGUGUAGACUUAUGCACUUGUCAUUUGUAAGACGCACCUCUUGACCCCCGGGAAUGGUGCGUCAUUGUACCGAUGUGAGUCGUACAUUUUGAUACCAUGACGCACCUUCCGUCACAGAAAGUGACACACCAUUACAUUCCAUCGACGCACAUUUGAGUCAAACAUAUGACACACCAUUUCAUGAAAAUGACUAGCCAAUGACGCACAUUUGAGAAACACUUCUGCUUGGAGAAAGUGACGGUCCCAUUGACACACCAAAUGACGCAACGUGGUAAAGUGACUUACUAUGACGUACAUAUGGGUCAGUAUUGUGACGGACAUUUUGCGGCCAUGACGGUACUGUGCGUCGCGAUUUUGGGGAACAUGACGCAACCAUGACGCACCAUCCCCGGGGGUCAAAAGGUGCGUCUUACAAAUGACACCUGCAUUACAUAUGUAGAUAUGAUGAUAGACCCAAUAUACUGCAUUGCAAUGUCUUCUGUUUAAACCUUCACUAGCUCAAUUCAUAGGCAGUCAUUAUUGAUCACUGUCUUCAAGUAUUAUACUGUAAGAGACGAAUACUUUUGAACAGCAUAAAUCCAAAAAGAUAUAUAUUAUAUAAUUCAAUUUUGAAUAGAAUCAUAUCUGAACAUGCCCAUGUAUUUUACUGCCCUUCCUGAAGUUAUUACUACUUUGUUUCUACAUGUGACACAUAUCUCAUGAGGUGCCUAUACAUGUAUUAAGUAUUAAUAAAAAAUGUAUGCAUUGUAUGAAAUGCAGCAUCUCUCUGUGUAUUGCGAAGCAAAGCCGGCUUUAGAAAUUGUUUGUAUAUGUUGCCUAUUUAUGCUAGAAAUAUUUUUAUAAAUUUUGGGUUUUGUAUACUUAAACAAAUACGCAUAAACCAUAUGAAAAUUGCAAUUGUUAUACAAUUCCUGUAUUUGAAGUUUUGAACCACGCAAUGUUAAAAGAAAUCGGUCAAAAUGUUUGUCAAUGUUGUGUAGUCAUUACAGAUCUCAAUGUUUGUGCAAUUAUAUGUAAGUACUUCUAAUGAAGUGAUUGUCCCUAAAGCAUUAUUGAAGAAGAGCUAAAUAAAAUGAAAAUGAAUUAGGCA